CCACAGUCCGGUUCUUUGAUUGGAUUGUUUGAAGUCGUUAUUUUCUCUAGCACAGCUUUUCAUCCUCAACACAGAUGAAUUCUCCGAGGUAUGAAUGUUCUCAAUGUGGCGGCUCGGCUUGCGAACUGAAAUGCCUUCCGUGUUCACACACUGUGAGCACUCAUUGUUUUCAUAUGCAAAACAGUCAUGCGACUGCUGCUUCUGUUAAUUGUACGUGCCCAAUCGACAAACACGAGUUUCAUUUGGCUGAUGACGGCAUUGAGAGCUUUCCUACCAGGGGUUUUUCGGUUGAGGUUUCAAACAAUCGAGCGUUUAAUGCCCAAUCACAACCAGCUCACGUCGAGAUGGAUGCACUGUUGACAUACACACAGGAAUACAAAAACGAUUUGUCAAUUUCCAUCCGAGACAUGGAACAUGCCAUUCAUUCGUCAUUAUCAGAGCAGGAGGUUCGUGUGAAGGAGGAGAUCAGACGAACUGCCGAAGAUCUGAUCGAGGUUGUUCUGGCGAAAGAGAAAGAGUUGUACAGAGACGUGGAUCGAUUUAUCGAAGCAGAAAAACGAGAGAAGCAGCAACAAUUGGCAGACUUCUCUCUAGAGGCUCAUCACAUCGUGGAAGUAGUGCGACGACAUCACGGCCAGUUUAAACAAGUGAGGGAUAAUCCUGCGCUCAUGGAUCAACUGCAAACGAGCCUUCAAACCGUAAAUGAACGCAAGAGCGCCCUCAUGGAGGAGAAUCGACGUUCUUCGGUCAAGCUUUCAUUUAAAAUCAACGAGAAGUGUUUUGAGGAGCCGAUUGGGAAAGUGGAAUGUAGAAGGAGCAAAGGUCCCACAGGAAGUGAUCAGCUCAAUUCUCCUUUGACGAUACCUGUGCGCCAUCUGUCAUCAAGGCGGCGGUCCUCGAGCGAGCGCAAGAGAAAAGCAGGACAAGUUAUUAAAAAUAUCGUUCCACCGAGCCCUUUAACUGAAAAAUUCCGUCCGUGGGCUGUCUCCGUAAGUGAAAGUGGCCACAUCGCUGUCGUAGACAGAGGAAAUAACUGUAUUCACAUUUUUAAUCCGAGAGGCGAUUUCUUACGGCACGUAGCCAAACCCUACGGAAACCAAAGCAAGUUCUUAGAGGUGUAUGGCGUGACAUUUUUAUCACGCAGUACUUUUGCAGUGGCCGAAUACUCGCCGUCAACCGGAAGUGGGUGUCUCUUGGAAAUGGAUAUUUCUGGGGAGCACUUGCGCGUGAUUGGGAACCUCAAAGGGCCUGCCUAUAUCACUGCAUUCAACACCGCUUCACGAGAAGGGAAGAAAAUCAUAGCAGUUUAUUACACAAACAGCUUGGAGGCACCUGAGAUAUUUGGCGACGAAAGCAAGCUCGAGCUACCAUUGCAAGAAAAUGACAAUGGCUUUCUGUUUCAUCCUCAAAAAGGCGUCUUUUUGAAGGACAAACUCGUGUUUUCUGACAUAAAUGAAAGGAAGAACCAAGGAUGCGUGAAAGUCUUCGAGUCCCAGGGUCAAUUUAGCCAUGAGUUUGGUAAACAGCCUAUUUGGAACGAGGAAGGCUUGGGCCAUCCUCUGCGUAUUGCCGCUGACCCUUUAAGCUGCAAAGUCCUAGUUUACCACCAGUUUUCCAGCAAGAUGAUGGUGUAUGACGUCAAUGGCGCAUGCGUGUCGGAGUUUCGUACUGUAUCUGGACUUCUUGACUUUGUUGUUACAGCCGAUGGCCACAUGUUUGCCACGUGCAGCAACAACAGUGAAUUUCCAAAUUCUCUAAUCGUUUUAUCUUAUAAUACUUAAGAGAUGAAAAUUUCAGUGACUAAUAUUCAGCGUUUUAAGGGCGAUUCAAGGAAUUUUUGAUGGGGGGGGGGGAGGGGGGGUCAAAAUAACUGAGCUGUACUCAUAAGACAGGAGAGAAUAAGGCUUCCCUGUUACAUGUUCUCUUUAGGAGUAGUAACGGAAAUCCAACGAACUCCAUUAUACAUUUAGAGAACAAGGCUUUUGACUCACCGCUUAUGAAAAGAGCUUAUCACUUUGUUAUGACUUAUGACAGCCAUGACAGGACGGUCGACCCCAGAGUUCUUCGUGUGCGGAAAACAGAAGCACUGGGGACUAGAAUUGUACAUUACGAGUAACAGUGUGCGCUCACAGGUCCUAGAUCUAUGAUUGUUGUUGUUUUUGACACCGGCCAACUUCUGCCACGUACUCAGGCGCCAUUUCUCAUUCUCGCGACCAAGGAAAGGAAAUAGUAUACGCGCUGGCGAUACGGUUUGACUUACAGGGUGAACCAGGGUCAUAUUUUUCUCAAAACGAAUGAUGCUUUGGAAUAAGAGGAACAUUCUCCUUAAACUCUGCGGUGUUUUCCUAUACAUUUGUGUUUUGUUCAGUUUGUUGCCUGGAGGCAAACCAGGUUAUAUUAGUUGCAUCAGAGAGGAUGUCUUAUUUAGUCAAAAAAUGGAAAUUAAAGGCAAUA